CUUCUUGCUGAAGCGAUCGCGACCCAAACAACAAUUUUCCCUCUCUUAAAAUUUUUUUGCUCUGUGUUUCCUUGUAACUUUUUUAUAUUCCUCGAAUCGAUUCCAGUUUAAUUGCUCUCUUUUUUGGUUCAAUUCUUUUUUGUCACAUUAUAACAACACUUUUAAAAAACAACAAGCUUAUACAUAUAUCAAACAUGGGUAAGAGCAGCAAGAGAGAGCGCGCAUCGAGCAUUACGAUGGAGGACACCGAGGGCGACAACACCCAGAUUGAUGCCACUCUCCUGGCACCCAUUGCACACCCCCUGGCGGACAAGAAGCUCUCCAAGAAGGCGCUGAAGACUGUGAAGAAGGCGACGAAGCACCGUCACGUCAAGCGCGGCGUGAAGGAGGUCGUCAAGGGUCUGCGGAAGGGCGACAAGGGUCUGGUCAUUCUCGCGGCGAACAUCUCUCCUGUUGACGUGCUCUCCCAUAUCCCCGUGCUGUGCGAGGAUAACCAAGUGCCGUAUGUGUUUGUGAACUCGAAGGAGGAGCUCGGCGGCUCGUGCUCGACGAAGCGGCCGACUUGCUGCCUGAUGAUCAUUCCCGGCGGUAAGGGCGGAAAGGGCGUGGCCCAUGAGGACUACAAGGAGACCUACGAGGAGUGCUUUAAGGCUGCCAAGGAGCUUGACGAAAAGCUGAUUGCCACUGCUGCUGCUGGAAUCAUCACUGCUUAAGAAAAAAAGCUUUUUUUUGCACUUGAACCUAUUAUUUUUUUUACUCUAUAAACUUUCCCUUUCAAAAAUUUGACAGUAUCUUAAAAUAUAGACCAAGGCUUUGCGAGACCUUCAUGUGAUUCUUUU